CCUCGGUCUAUGGAAUGUCCCCUCAGAGCCACCAACCGCAGGCCUCUGGCUGCUCCGCCGCUAUUUCGAAAAAAGGCCCGAGGCGCCUCAAACGUAGCCCUCUUUAUCCGCGCAUGUUUUAUUCCCACAACGCUAUCCCCAAUCACCACCAGGGACGGCAUCCGCGCCAGCACCGAAGAACACAACCGCAUUCUGGGCGGGGUCAAGAAAAUUGACAUCUUUGGGCCCGCCAUGGACCGUGAUGUCCCCAUCGAGGGGACGCUGGGGGCGCUCAAGGAGCUCGUUAGCGAGGGUCAGAUAGGCGCCGUCGGACUGUUGGAAGUAGGUGCUGCGACGAUAGAUCCGGCAUGCGCAUGCUAUGUGUCCCGCCCGGGUUGUCGAUGUCGAGAUUUCCUUCUGGAGCACCAAGACACUUACCAACGGGGUGGCAGCCGCAUGUAGGAGUUGGGGGUUCCGAUUCUGGCCUAUGCGCCGUUGGGAUACGGGGGUUACUAGGCUGGAGGAUACUCUACACAAUGAUAUUCGGCAUAUAUUUGGGGGGUCUUAACCCGAGGUGGGUCUGCAUAUACUUGCG